CUGCCCUCUCUCCCUGUCAAAACAAGAUACUCUCCCUUUCUCUCUCCACGGCCUUUUGCUGUUUGCUGAUAUAAUAAAAAAAUUGUCACAAACAGCUUUUUUGAUUUGGAAUAUUCAAACUUUGUUUUUCUCUCUCCCUGUGCUGCAACAGUUUACCGUUUCAGUUCUUCAAAAAUGGGAGAGAAAGGUUGCCCCUUUUUAUUAGACCCGCAAAAAGAUUGUUCCUUUCCCACCUGAUAUGUUCUUGGGGAAAAAAAUUAUCGACAAAAUUUCUUGGCGAGUCUUGCUUUUCUUGGAAUUUCCUUGGUGGGUUUUGUUUCCUGGGUCGAAAGAUUAAUAGGGUAUUAUUGACUGAAGGAAAAAGUGAACGAAGAUCGGUGAAGACGGUCGUGAUUUUGCUUCAGUUCGUGUGAUUUGGGGAGGAAGUGGAUGAGUUUUGGCGUGGCGUUCCCCUGAUUUUGACUGUUUAAGUUAGGGCUUUGUUUCUCUUCGGUUUACUAAUAAAAAAGGAAUUUAUCAUAAUUCCUUGUUAUGUUUGACGUCAAACUGGGUAUUGCUUGAAUAUCUCAGAAAAUCUUUUAGCAGCAUUUGUCAAGGAGUACUGGAUGGUAUUAGGCCUAUUGAUUGAAGAAUUAAGUUUGAGACGGAUUUGAUUUUUAAGAGAAAAGGAACAGACGAACCAGUAUGGUUGCCAAGGGACCUCAGAAUUCUACUGAUUCUCUAAAAGUAGAGGUAGGAGAAAUAGACACUAGUGCACCGUUUCAGUCUGUUAAAGAUGCCGUCACCCUUUUUGGUGAAGGUGCUUUCUCCGGGGAAAAACCUGCCAUCAAGAAGGUCAAACCACACUCUGCAGAGAGAGUAUUGGCCAAGGAGACACAGCUUCACCUGGCCCAAAAUGAGUUGAGCAAGUUAAAGGAACAGCUAAAAAAUGCUGAGACAACUAAGGCCCAGGCACUUGUUGAGCUUGAAAAGGCUAGAAAAAGGGUUGAUGAUCUAACCAACAAACUCAAAACUGUUAAUCAAGCUAAAGAUUCAGCAGUCAAGGCAACAGAAGAUGCAAAGAAUCAGGCAAACCAUAUCGAAGAAGCAAAACCUGCCAAUCUUCCUGGAUCUGAUGGUGCAAGGAAACAAGACUUAGAAGCUGCAAGGGAACAAUACAUAACUGUAAUAACUGAACUUGAUGCUGCUAAACAAGAACUGAGGAAGAUUCAUCAGGAUUGUAAUGCAGCUUUGGAAGCCAAGGUUGCUGCCUUCAAUGAAGCAGCAGAAGCUGGAAGUGCAGCCAAAGCAAACAUGGAGAAAGUCAGUGAGCUCUCUAAAGAAAUUUCAGUCAUUCAGGAAUCAAUUAGACAAGUGAAGCUUGCUUCUCUGGAAGCACAACAAGAACAAGCCAAAACCUUUUCUGAAAAGGAAGCUCAGAGGGAAUCUUAUAAAGCUGCACUACAAGAAUCUGCAAAGAAAGUGCUUGCUUUGAAGAAUGAAUUUGAUCCUGAAGUAACCCAAAGUCUUGAAGCACAACUGGCUGAAACAGUCAAUGAGAUAGAGACUCUGCAGAGGCAGAUGGAUGCUGCAAAGACUUCAGAUCUGGAGUCAGUAAAGUCUGUGACCUCAGAGCUUGAUGGUGCUAAGGAGUCACUGCAAAAGGUUGCUGAAGAGGAAAGCUCCUUGCGCAGCUUGGUUGAGUCCCUUAAAGUGGAGCUGGAAAAAGUGAAGAAAGAGCAUUUGGAACUGAGAGAGAAGGAAGUGGAAACAGAAUCCCUUGCUGGAAAUCUGCAUGUCAAACUUCGGAAAAGUAAGUCUGAGCUUGAAGGAUUCCUUGCAGAGGAAUCGAGAGCAAGAGGUGCUUGUGAAGAAAUGAUCUCAACUCUCCAGCAGCUAUCAACAGAAACUGAGAAUGCACGACGAGAGGCAGAAGAGAUGAAAAAGAGAGCUGUGGAGUUGAAGAAGGAAGCAGAAGCCUCAAAACUUGCACUUGAGGAAGCGGAGAAGAAUCUGAGACUUGCCCUGGAAGAAGCUGAAGGGGCAAAAGAAGCCGAGACUAGGGCACUUGAUCAUAUUAAUGCUUUGUCUGAGAGAACUAAUGCUGCCCGUGCCUCAACCUCUGGGUCUGGAGCCAAUAUCACUAUCUCAAGGGAAGAGUUUGAAUCUAUAAGCCAGAAAGUUGAGGAGUCUGAUUCAUUGGCAGAAAUGAAAGUAGCUGCUGCCAUGGCUCAGGUGGAAGCUGUGAAGGCUAGUGAAAAUGAGGCCCUCAAAAGGUUAGAAGCAACUCAGAAGGAGAUCAAAGACAUGAAGGCUGCAACUCAGGAUGCUUUAAAAAGGGCAGAGAUGGCCGAAGCAGCCAAGAGGGCAGUGGAGGGAGAACUCCGAAGGUGGCGUGAACGGGAGCAAAAGAAGGCUGCCGAAGCUGCAUCUCGGAUUUUAGCAGAAGCACAUAUGUCAACAGAAGCCUCCCCGCAGCACUACAGGAUUCAAAAGCAAAACCCACCACCACCGGGAAGUAUUAUUGAGACUCGAAAGUUGGAAAAGGCCAAGACCUCUGUUUCCAAAAAAGUGCUUUUGCCUAACAUCAGCGGUAUCUUUCAUCGAAAAAAGAGCCAAGUUGAAGGUGGAUUGCCUUCUUAUCUUCCAGGUGAGAACGCUCUGUGAAAUUGCCGAUUCAGAUUGUGUACAAUUAUGAAUUGUCGUGUGUACACCUGAGAGUGGUGGAAUGAAAUUUGUUACUCGUCUGUUUGGCGAGAUGAACUCAGUGCACCAGAGGAUGACUUUUAAAUCAACUCCAGGGGUCUAACUUUUUGUAAAUGGGACAAAUUGUUGGGUUAUCUGUUAAUGAUUUUGCAGUGAAAAUGAAUCCUUGGUGUAUCA